AUGGACAAAUUGUUUAUUGGUAUACGAGCUGAAGAUAAAUCGUAUAUGGAAAGAAGAACACCUAUCCCUCCCCAUGAUUGCAAGUAUAUUAUGGAAAAAGUAAAUUAAUUCAAAAUUGUCAUAGCAUAAUCGAAUUUAAAUUGUUGUAUAGCCUUCAACUAAGAGAAUUUUCACAGAUGAACAAUAUUUAGAGGUGGGAUGCAUGGUUUAAGAAGAUCUAUCGAUCUGCAGAGCAAUUAUUUGUAUUAAAGAAAUCCCGCUAGAAAAAUAUAUUGAAGGAAUGACAUAUUUAAAUUGGUCUCAUACUUUAGAGGGUGAACCAUAUAAUAUGCCAGCCUUGGAUGUGAUGCUUUAGAAAAAUAUUAGGCAUUUGGAGUAUGAACGAAUUUAUGACGAUAACGUAAACAAAUAAUAUACUAUAAUAGGGUGUUAACAUAACUUCAUUCCCUUAUGCUGGAAUUGCAGGAAUAAUCACAUUCUUGAAUGAAUACGGCAAGUAUUUACUCAAAAGAGACAUGAAUACUCCAUUUCUAUAAAUCGGCCCAACUUACUAAUAUUAUAAUAAAAAAGAUGCUUAUGAAGCCUUAUAGAAGGCAGGUUAAGCCAUUAUAGAAAGAGGACUCCCUCCUAAAUUAGGGUUGCCUUUAAUAAUUGGAGUUAUGGGUUCAACUGGUUCUUGCGGAAAAGGAUCAUUGGAGGCUUUGUCGCAACUUCAAAUUACUUUAGUUAACCCAGAGGAUUUGAAGGAAUUAGUUAGGAACCCUAAUGAUAAAAAACAUAGAAACACAGUUUAUGUUUGUCCUUUCAAAACCACAGAUUUGGUCAGACAUAAACAUGAUGUUCAUAAAGAAUUUACAUCCUAAGAUUAUUAUGAAAAUCCAUUAGAUUAUGAACCUAUUUUCCAUUAGACAUAUUUACCCUAUCUCACUAUUCUUGUUAAUGAUAUUUAUUGGGAAUACAAGUUUCCUCGAUAUGUUACCGAUUCCUAAAUUAAAGUAAAAAUAUAUAUAUUUUAGGAAUUAGUUGAAUCUGGAAAUAGUAGAUUGCAAGCUGUAUGUGAUGUCACAUGUGAUUUAGAAGGUUCCAUCUAAUUCUUAAAGAAGUUUACUAACCCUGAUCACCCUGUUUAUUAUUAUAAUCCGAUAUCUCAAUAGAUUCAUGAUGAAUUUGAUUUUAACUCUCAAAAUGACAUAAUGUAUAUGUCUAUAGAUUUCUUGCCGUCCCAAAUGCCAUAUGAAGCUAGUAUGGAUUUUGGAAAGGCUUUAAGAGAUAUCGUUCCUCAUUUAGCCUAUUCAGACCCUACCAAACCAUUAGAAGAAAGCGGAUUACCUGAGUUUUUGUAAAAUGCAACUGUUACACUACAUGGUUAACUAACCUAAAAAUUUUAAUACAUUAAUGAAUUAAGAAAACUAAAUGAAACAGAAAAUGACCAUCAAUAGUUCAAAAUGAUUACAUCAUAUUAUUCAAACAAAUUGAAUGCAACCAAAGAAAAUAAUGCUUUUGGCAAUAAUUUACUACCUUAACAAUUACUGUAAUUAAUAAAUUCAUCAUUUUAGGUCACCAAACUCCCAUUCACAGGAAUAAACAUGCUAAUAAGAAAAUUCACCUAAAAUUUUAAAUAUGCCUUCAAAUAUUAGAGAAAUUUAAAUAGAUGAGGCUAGAAAAAUCAAUAAUCAACAAACAUUCGAUUCACAAAUCUAAAUUUAAUGA